AUGGAAAAUUUAGCAACUAUAACUCAAGCAGAUAUUAAUAAUGGUGCACUUAUACGUAUGCUUAACAAAGCAGGUAUUCCUGACAUUCAACAAUAUAUAAAACAUUUUCAUCAAGAAACAGAAGAAUUAAUAAUCGAAGAAUUCGAACAUCCAAAUGCAGAUAAACUAGAUAAUGAUGAACAAAUUGUUCCACCGGCUGAUAUUCAAAGUUGGAUCACUGGUUUUCGUCCGAACGUUGAUGAUCCUAUUAAACCUGUAUUAUUUGAACAAGAACAACAACCAAAACCACAACCUCCAUUGCCAAAGGAUAUUCAAGGAUGGAUCACAGGCUUAGGACCUCGUUUGGAUGAUCAUAACAAGCCUCCAUCAUCCGAACAAGAACAACAACCAAAACUACAACCUCAACCUCCAUUGCCGAAGGAUAUUCAAGGAUGGAUCACACGUUUACAACCUCGCUCAGAAGAUCCUAUUCAACCACCAUUACCUGAACAACAAUCACAAGAGAUACCUCUACCAAAAGAUCUUCAAAGCUGGCUACAUCGUAUGGGACCGAAUAACUUACAUCCAUCUACCGAGACAACUACUGAUACAACAGAAAUAACUACGAUUAGUAAUGAUAUUAAUCCGGCAAAUGGUGAUCUAGGCACUUGGCUCAAUCAAUGGUCAAAAAGUCUUACUGAACAACCACCACCAACUUCAUUAGAUAAUUGGUUAAAAGGUCUCAUACCAAACAAUAUGCAUGAACCACUUAGUAAAGCAAAUAGUUCAAAAGGUCGACUAAAUAGCUAUUUGAAUGCAGCUGAACAGGUUUUUUCAAAACAUGGCUAUGAUGUUUCAAAUGAAGUUAAAUCACCAACAAAUGU